CAAACAUGUCUUAACCGAAGACAUUGUGCACCGGGAGGUGACCCCUGACCAGAAGCUUCUGUCCAGGAGACUCCUGACCAAGACCAACAGGAUGCCACGGUGGGCAGAGCGACUAUUUCCUGCCAACGUCGCUCACUCGGUGUACAUCCUCUAGGAUUCUGUUGUGGACCCACAGAAUCAGACCAUGACCACCUUCACCUGGAACAUCAACCACGCCUGGCUGAUGGUGGUGGAGGAGCGGUGUGUUUACCGUGUGAACGCCGACAACAGUGGCUGGACCGAAAUCCGCCGGGAAGCCUGGGUCUCCUCUAGCCUGUUUGGUGUCUCCAGAGCUGUCCAGGAAUUUGGUCUUCCCUGGUUCAAAAGCAAUGUGACCAAGACAAUGAAGGGCUUUGAGUACAUCUUGGCCAAGUUACAAGGUGAGGCCCCUUCCAAAACGCUUGUUGAGACAGCCAAAGAGGCCAAAGAGAAGGCAAAGGAGACAGCACUGGCAGCUACCGAGAAGGCCAAGGACCUGGCCAGCAAGGCCGCCACCAAGCAGCAGCAGCAGCAGCUCGCAUAGCUCGCUUCGGCUCCCUUCCUCCGAACCCGAGUAUUAAAGAUGGACCUGCAGCCCUCUGUGCUGUCUGGGUGGUGGGGCAGGAGCUUGGCCACAGCAGCAUCUGC